CGUCGUCGGUGCGUGAUUUUUCGGGUUGUUUGGAGAUGGAAAUUUUUCCCCGUUCGACGGUCAUCGCAAAUAAAGUUUUAUUAUCACGUUUCGCUGGUUUCCGGCAAAAGCAGAUCCGGUAAAAGUUCAACCAUUUUCGGACGAGCGAGUGCAAGCUAAACAGCCAUAGGUGUGUCUGUGCGCCACUUGCGACCAAAAUUCCCCGUACCAAUAGCGGAGUCCCCGAUUCGAACCUUUCGGCGUUGCGGCUUCGAAGUUGCUAACCAGUGCCACCAGUGAAGCAGCAUUUUCCUCUUGCCAACCCUUCAGCUCGACCAACAAUCGCUAACGUUUUCGAGGAUCUUCUAAGACCGCAACCAUGAGCGCAUUGCUCCGAUCCCGGAGUCAGCUGUUCGGGAUGAACCACUACUGCCGGAACGUGCACCCUCACGCUCGGAUUCGGUUCGCCAGCUUUCGCACGAAACAGCCAAUCGGCCUCAUAAGUGCACAGUACGAUGGGGUGUUUUUGUCGCACGGUGCUCUCGGAGGCAGUAACAGCAAUGGCAGAGGCACUGGCAGUCAGCGAGCGGCCGGUUUGACUACCUUUGUGCCCCUACUCGAUGCCUUCGGAUACGCCGGCAGUCCGGCCGGCAUUCGUUGCAUUUCCACCACCAGCUGGCUGUUAGAGCAACCUUCCUCCAAGGUCGAGGUCACGGUACAAACACUGAAAAAGACACAGAAAGAGAAGGAGAAAGAACAGCAGCAGCAGCAGCAGACACAUCCUGCCACAGCCACCACAAGUGCAAGCAAUGCUGUGGCCGGUACCGAUGGCGGGCAACUCUCGGUUGCGGAUAAAAGUGGUGCCCCGCAAGCGACCACUGCCCAAGGAGCGGCCGUGGUAGCCACGGCUCCGGUCGUAAAGAAAACCCUGCAGCAACGGAUCUGGGCUGAGAUGGUCCACUACUACCACGGUUUCCGGUUGCUGUUCAUCGACAUCAACAUCAGCCGGAAGCUGUUGUGGCGGGUGCUGAACGGAAGGACGUUGACACGGCGCGAACACCGGCUGCUCAUCCGGACCACGUCCGAUCUGUUCCGGCUCUUACCGUUCUCGGUGUUCAUUAUCGUGCCGUUCAUGGAGCUGCUGCUGCCGGUGGCCAUCAAGCUGUUCCCUGGGAUGCUGCCGUCCACCUUCCAGACGGCCACCGAGCGCGAAGACAAGAUCAAGCAGAACCUCAAGGUGAAGCUGGAAAUGGCCAAGUUCUUACAGAAAACGCUCGACGACAUGUCCGUCCAGAACAAGGAGCACCGGUCGCAGGCGGCCAAAGAUUUUAGCGAGUUCUUCUCCCGCGUCCGCACAUCGGAAACGUUCACGAUCUCGAACGAGGAGAUGCUCAAGUUCUCCAAACUGUUCGAGGACGAAAUCACGCUCGAUUCGCUAACCCGCCAGCAGCUGCAGGCCCUGUGCAGGGUGCUGGAGGUGUCCCCGAUCGGCACGUCCAACCUGUUGCGCUUUCAGCUGCGGCUCAAGCUGCGCAAUCUGGCCGCAGACGAUCGGACCAUCCAGAAGGAGGGCAUUGAGUCGCUGAACCUGUCGGAGCUGCAGGGCGCUUGCCGGGCGCGCGGAAUGCGCGCCUACGGUGCGUCCGAGGAGCGGCUCAAGUCGCAGCUGCAGGAGUGGAUCAAUCUCAGCCUGAACGAGAAGGUGCCACCGUCGCUGCUGCUGCUGUCGCGCGCCCUCAUGCUGCCGGAGCACACAACCACGGGCGACAAGCUGAAGGCCACCAUUUCGUCACUGCCCGACUCGGUCGCCACCGUUACAAAGGCGGCGAUCGGUGAGCGGGAGGGUAAGAUCGACAACAAGACCAAGAUCGAGGUCAUCAAGGAGGAGGAACGCCGGAUCCGGGAAGAGCGCGAGGAGGAGAAGGAGAAGCAGAAGGAGAGCGAGCAGCAGCUGGUCGACGGUGCUCCGGUGCUGACAGCGGACGCUGUAAAGGACGAAACGCCGAGCGUCGCCGAUGUGCCGAAACCGGUCGCAGAUAUCAUCUUUGCCCCGGCACCGGCGCAGAAGGUCGUGCUCGAUCAGUUGCCACCACAGCCGCACACGGAGGAGCUUUCAAGCAAGGAUCUGGAAGCGCUGGAGGAUGCCCUGGACUCGCUGGCUAAGCACAAGAAAACGCUGCUCGUGGAGAAGGAGGAAAUACGGGACCUGAAGGAAGAGAUUGCCGACUACCAGGAGGAUGUGCAGGAGCUGCAAGAGGUUGUGACGGCCGCCAAGAAUCCGGAAGAAGUGCAGGUACGAGAGUCGCGCGCGGCCAAGAUGCUCUUCCGGAAGGUGAACUCGAUGAUCAACAAAAUGGACACGGUGCUGACGGAUCUCGAGCGCCAGGAACAGAAGCUGAAGGAGCAGGUGCGGGUGCAGGUGGAACAGACCGCCGAUGUACAGGCACCACCGGCGGCGGCCAGCGAAGAGCUGGUGCGGAUAGACGAGCUGAUGUCCGCCAUCAAGAAGAUCAAAAACGUGACGGACGAUUCGAGGUUGGAUCAAAUUUCCAAGAUCCUUGGCAAAAUCGAUGGCGAUCAGGAUGGACAGAUCAAGGUGGAGGAUGUGCUAAAGGUGAUCGAAACGAUAGGCAAGGAAAACGUUAAGCUGAGCUCGAAACAGGUGGACGAGCUGAUUGACCUGCUGGACAAGGAGGAGGUGCUUGAGGCGGAGGACAAAAUCGAAAAGGCGCUCACCAAGAGCCUGGAAGCCAAAGAGAAGCUGCAGGAGCAGAAGGACAAGGAAAAGGAGAAGCUGCUGGAGCUGACGGACAAGGCGACGGAUUUGAGCUCUCUAGCUCCCUCUUCGAAUCAGCAAUCGAACGAGGACGUCACGACCGUCAUCGACGCGGACGCACUUCAGAAAGUGGUGGAAGAGCGGAAGAAGAACGCCAGUAUUAAUGGACCAGCAGCAACGAACGAAGUAGCAGCAGCAGCGACGACGGCGUCGACAGGCGGCCCAGUGAACGUGCCGCCACCAUCACCAGCGACAGUCCGAACCGAUACCGGCGGGACCAGUAGCCCAAAGAACAAAAUGAUUUAAAUUCCGUAACUGCCUACUUUCUGUCUGUCUCCUUGUGUCUCCAGCUUCCCAUCGUCCUCGCUCCCGUCCUGACCGUUCGUAGUCUUCUUCAUUCCAUUUUCCUUGCAGAAUGCGUUUUAUUAUGUUUCUGAAAUUGGCCCUUUCGCUGGCGCUGAACUGGGCGGCACGUCCUGAGCAAGAACACGAACGGUGUUGCCGGGAUUGUUCCCAAAUUUGAGCGAGUUGCUCGCUUCAAUAUGAUAAAUUCUGUAACUUAAAAUUAGCCACCGUGUUCCCG